AUGGCGACGGUGGAUGUGUUGACGUCGGAGGUGGUCGUCCCGGCCGAGGAGACGCCGGCGGGCGCCGUCUGGCUGUCCAACCUCGACCUCGCCGCGCGCCGCGGGUACACGCCCACGGUGUACUUCUACCGGCCGAACGGCGGCGAGGAUGGGUUCUUUGCGGCGGACGCUGUGAGGGACAGCCUCGCGAGGGCGCUGGUGGCGUUCUACCCGCUCGCCGGCCGCCUUGGGCUCGACGGCGACGGGCGUGUCCAGGUCGACUGCACCGGCGAGGGCGCGGUGUUCGUGACGGCGAGGUCUGGGUACGCGCUCGACGACCUGAUGAGCGAGUUCGUGCCGUGCGGCGAGAUGAGGGACCUGUUCGUGCCCCCGGCGCCGGCGCCGGCGCCGAACCCGCCGUGCGUGCUGCUGAUGGCGCAGGUCACGUACCUGCGCUGCGGCGGCGUGUUGUCCAACCCCGUCGGCCACGCGGCGCGGCGGGCGCGGGCGGCGACGAGCCAGGGCGACGACUACGCGCGGUCGCUGGUGGACUACCUGGAGGGCGUCGACGCGAUGAACCUGCCGAGGAGCGGCAUCUCGCGGGCGCACCUCCGCGCCAUCAGCUGGCUGGGCAUGUCGCUCUCCGACGCCGACUUCGGGUGGGGCUCGCCGGAGUUCAUGGGGCCGGCGCUCAUGUACUACAGCGGCUUCGUGUACGUGAUGAACGCGCCGGGGAAGGACGGCGCCGUCGCGCUGGCGCUGUCGCUGGAGCCGGAGAGCAUGCCGGAGUUCAGGAAGGUGUUCGCCGACGAGGUGGCACGUCUCGAUUUGUAGUUUCUGGACUCAUACGUGUCCAAAAUUAAUGAGUGCUAACACAGCACUGCACUGUACUGUCCUUUUUUUUUAUUUUGUACUUUUCGAAAUGGAAUAUGUGCUGGACCGUUGUC